AUGUCCAGUCCCCACUCUCCUGUGAGCGAACACGAACGUCGCAGCACCGACUCGGACAAGCAGCCACAUCAAGCCGAUGGCCUUCAUAGGUCACAUCACAUAGAUUCUGGACUGGACGUAUCAGAAGACGCAAACCAAGGCAAGCACGAGCCCAUUAUGCCCACUCCACGCAUGCGCUCAUUUCGCUCUUACGACCGACAAGAGUCCGCCAAACCAAGCCCUUCCACCGUAUCUAUCCCUGUCUCGGUAACACCCGAGAAAGAAUACGCCUAUGCUGAAGAGUCGGUUGGGACUAGCUCGCCGACGCCCAAACCCUAUACAAAACCAACAGUUAUCCCAGUCUCUGUUGCGUUGACUGUCAAUACUGACGUUGGACCUGAGUCCGGGAUCGAGUCUCCGUCUCAGACUGAUUCGGCUGCUCCCAAGACGCCAACCCCUGAUUCUGCGCCUCCUACAACACCCGUGCCCAACGAACCAACCACAUCGGGUUCGUCUCCUCAGAAGCCGCCCAAGGCUCACCGAUACGUCAAGUCGGCUGGUCCGAGCAUGCUGGAAAAGGUGAUCAGCAAGACUAGGCCAACUCACCUCCCUCCGAAAAAUAAACUUGAAGAUGUAAAACACUUGAAAGAAUAUGAAGAGAUGAUGGAGAGGUCAAGGGCUGCCGAGCAACAAAAAAAGCACGAGCUGGAGCAACGCCGGUUGGCCCGGGAACGCGCAGUCGAAGAUUCGCUGCACAUAUGGAAACGAGAAGUCGUUCCUAAUUGGAAAGAGGCGAUCCGCAAGCCGUAUAUUCGGCAGAUGUGGUGGAGGGGUAUCCCUACGAGACUUAGGGGUGAGAUGUGGAUCAAGGCGAUUGGGAAUGGGCUGGCUAUUAGCAAGGAUUCGUACAAACGGUGUUUGGCUCGCGCGAACCGGGCAUUGACCUCCGGCUCCUUCCCUGUCGAAACGCUGGCGAUCAUCGAGGAGGAUAUUCGAGUUACUCUUCCAGGAUUGCAUAUAUUCCACCCAGAGACGGGUCCGCUCUAUUCGGACUUGAAGGAUUUGCUUUGUGCGUGGGUGGUCUCAAGGUCAGAUGAAGGGUUAGGAUAUGUUAAGGGGGUGUCAAGUAUGGCAGGGAUGUUUCUGAUCAAUAUGUCCUCGGACGAUGCUUUUGUUUGUAUGCGUAAUCUCUUGGAACGACAUUGUAUGAGGAGUUUUUAUGGCGGACCGAGUGCCAAGGACGACAUUGAAGCAUACUACCGAAUAUUCGAUACCCUGUUGGCGGACGGAGUUCCCAAAGUAUUCUUCAACUUUAAGCAACACCAAAUAUCCCCGUCGCAGUAUUUACCCGACUGGAUCCUCCCGAUGUUCCUGCACCACCUCCCCUUUGAGGCCUGCGCCCGGAUCUGGGACGUAAUCAUCCUCGAAGGCGAUUCGUUUCUGUACCGCGCGGCUCUAGCCAUCAUCGCAGUCAUCGAACCCCGCCUCUUUUUCCCGGACCGAAAAGAACUCAUGGAAGUGCUUCGAGGCGAGAACAGGGCUGCUCUGGAAGUAGCCAAGCGCAGUGGUCUACAAGUGGACCAGAGCGCGCGGUACGAGCAAUACGGAAUGAACGAGGAGGUGCUUUGGGCUGAGAUUAUGGGUAUGGACGAGUGGUGGAAGGAUAGUACUUGGAGUCGGUUGAUCCAACGUGAGCUACCAGAUGUCUAG